UUAUGCUGUCAAGUUUCAAAGGAUGAAUAGUAAAGAAAAACAAGAAGAGAGAUCACAUGGGAAGAUAGAAACUGAACCUGUAUGUACUGAUAAAGAAUGUGAGGAUGCUGAAUCUGUAAAGUUCCAAGAGAAAAUAAAAGGACAAUCAAUAAGGUGUGUGACUGAGGGAGUAAAAGAUCUCACUCAAUAUCAUGAAAGUCAAGGAGACAAGCAAAAGCUGCAAACCUGCAAUAAAACAAAAAGGCAAGAAAUCAUGAACUGCUUACCAAAACACAUCCAAGAGGGAGAAUCAGGCAAGGGGCAUAAAAAGAAACAACAAUUCCUGAAAUCAAAUUUCAAGAAUCAACAAGGUUCUAAUCCAAAAGAGAGGAUUAAGAAGAAGGUAUGCAAACCUGUUGAGCACCAAGUCAAUAGACAGAAUUCUGAGAACAAAGCAACGAUCCAUGAUGCAGCCAAAGUUGAGAAGGAGAAAAGUGUUUACUCAAUCACUGUCAAGAGAGAAAGUGUACUCAUUGAUCAGAAAUUUGAUGAAGUAAGUCAAAAAGCUGAAAAUAUCAAGGAUGUUAUUAAAGUUGAGGAUCAAAGAAGUGCCACAAUUGAAGAUCAAGAAAUAGAGGCCAAAGAGAUGGAGGCUACCAUUCAGAAAAUUGAGAAGCACAAGUCCGUGUUCAACAAAGACACUGGACAGAGAAAAGGGAGCUUAACUAAGAGAGAGAAGAAGCUGGUUCGAGAGGUAAUCAGCAUGGACGUGAAUAAGGGUCACGUGAAACAGAAAAGUGAUUUGAGAAAAGCUCAUGAGACAGUGGGAGCAAACAUGGAUAACAACAACAGCUGUCAAAUUCAAGCAAUAACAAAGAACACAAAAUGCUCAGAGAAACAACAACAGAUUGAAAGAGGGAAAAUACAGUUAACCUUGAAAUCAGGAGAUAACAAAGAUUUCAGGCAGAGGGAGUCUCAAGUCUUUGAUUCCAGAAAAAGCUCAUUUCAUAUGCCUUAGUUAUAAUUAGUGUCUCUGUCACAUAAAGAAAAAGGAAAAGAACAAAUUUGGUGGUUGUAGUUGCUGAAAGAUCCUACGAUUCUCUUUGCUUAUGCCUUAGAGCAUGUGUAGUAGGGAGAACUUCUCAUAACCAAUUAAGAUGAGACAUGUGUCAAGUGAGAAUUUCAUUGAGAAACUUCUACUGUACAUGCUCUUAUGCCGUUUCUUUCUUUAUUUGACAACCUUUUUUUUUUUUUUCCCUUAACACUCUUGUGUUUAAUAUAUGGGUUUCUCCUUUUGGCUUUGAAUGGUAAUAUCAUCUUUUGUUUUUUCAAUAUAUUUUCUGCUAGUAUGUUGAAUAAACUUAUCAAACCAAAUGUUUAAUGCCGGCAAAUUUUGUGGCUGCAUUUACAAGAGUUUUAUU